AUGAAGCCUCCAGACUCCAUGAAGCCUCCAGACUUCAUAAAGCCUUCAGACUCCAUAAAACCCCAGUCUCCAGACCCCAUAAAGCCUCCAAACUCCAUAAAGUCUCCAAAUUCCAUAAAGUCUCCAGACCCUAUAAAGCCUCCAGACUCCUUAAAGCCUCUAGACUCCAUGAAGCCUCCAGACUCCAUGAAGCCUCCAGACUCCAUGAAGCCUCCAGACUCCAUGAAGCCCAGACCCUAUAAAGCCUCUAGACUCCAUGAAGCCUCCAGACUCAUGAAGCCCAGACCCUAUAAAGCCCUAGACUCCAUGAAGCCUCCAGAUCAUGAAGCCUCCAGACCCUAUAAAGCCUCUAGACUCCAUGAAGCCUCCAGACCCAUGAAGCCUCCAGAUCUUAAAGCCUCCAGACUCCAUAAAGCCUCUAGACUCCAUGAAGCCUCCAGACCCUAUAGCUCUAGACUCCAUGAAGCCCAGACUCAUGAAGCCUCCAGACUCGCCUCUAGACUCAUGAAGCCUCCAGACUCCAUGAAGCCUCCAGACCCUAUAAAGCCUCUAGACUCCAUGAAGCCUCCAGACAGUAUCACCUCAAUCGUCGUUCGUCUCCUACCUGUUGUAAUAAUCCUCCACUCAGGUCAGGUAUCCUCAAUACCUUCCUCAGAGCCCACCUGUUGA